AUGCACAAUUACCAAGAUAAUAGUUAAAAACUCUUUUAUGAAUUGUGGAAAACUGGUAACAGAGUGUUGUGUUAAGGAAAGAUAUUGGUUGGUUCCGAAAAUCAUAAAUUUAUUGCCUCUCUUGUUCUAAUCACAAUACCCACAGUUCUGUAUUAUGUGUUUAUGGCACCAGCAUUGGUUCAAAGAGACCAAGUUGUUUAGGUGGUUAUUUUUGCAAUUCUGAAUUGCCUUGUUUAUAUUUUGAUCACAAUUACAGUUCUAAUGGAUCCAGGAAUCAUCCCUAAAAUAACAACAAAUUAUGAAAUGGAUGAAUAGCUAAUUUUAAUUCCUUAAAAAUAUUUAAAAGUUGAUCCUUAAGUAUUAUUUGAAUCAAAAACCCUAUAAGUGAAGGGGCAUCAAUUUAAAUUGAAGUUUUGUAACACUUGUGCAAUAUAUAGACCCCCUCGAGCUUCACAUUGUCCUGCAUGUGAUAAUUGUGUGUUGAGAUUCGAUCAUCAUUGUCCAUGGGUAGGAGCAUGUGUUGGAAGAAGGAACUAUAUUUAUUUUUAUCUUUUUAUCUUCUUUCUCUCUGCUACCAUGAUUUAUGUUUUUUCUACCUGUCUUGCAUAUAUCUUUGGAGAUAUGGACGAUGACAAGGAUAAAGGGGAACAGAUAAUCUCAACAUUAUCGAGAAACCCAUAUUCAUUAGCCUUAGCAAUAUAUUGUUUCGUUUUUUCAUUUUUUGUUGUCGGCUUGUGGGGAUUCCAUACAUUUUUAGUUAUAACUAAUAUGACGACGAAUGAGUAUCUAAAGAAACAUUGGGUUAUUCAAAGUAAGAAUCCAUUCAGAAGAAAGAAUAUCUUUAAAAAUAUAUAACAUGUCCUAGCUUGUAUUAGAGAUGUCAAGUUUUUAGAGCUCCGCUAAUUUGUAUUCGAUCCCAAAAGUUAUAAUUAGCCCAUGACAUAAAAUCAAAUGAAUGAAAUUGAAAAUUUAAAUGCAGUUGAAGAUAAUCAAAACAAUGUAGCCAGAAGAUAGUCCAAGUAAACUGUUGAUCAUGUGGAAGAGCAAUGAAUAUUCAAACUCUUAAUAUUUUAAUCCAUUUGAAAA